UAAAAACCAUAUGUCUUGCGAUGGCGCCUCUGAUUGGCUCAUUUGGCUUUCACGUGACUUCAGCUUUGUGAAAUAAGUGGCGUUUGAAUUGAGAUACUUGCGGUGACGAAUUUUUGAAUAAAUUUAAAUSUAUUUUUCUUUAAAUGACUCUGGCGUAAUUGCAAGGCAGUUAAAAGCGGAUAUGUGCUCGGUGAUGUGAUAUUCGCGAAACGUUGAAAAAUUUCUUCACAAGGCAAAUAACUCGAAUUUUCUCGGCCGUUUUCUUCAGAGGAAUUUAUCUACUUGCUACAAAACUGUUUCAAAAUCUCACAUUCAAGAGUUGAGAAGAACUUCCGUUGCGAAUAUUUGAGUUUAGAUUUUUGAAGUUGAAUUUAAUCAUAUUUAUCGUCAUUUUAUAAGAAUGGCAGGACUUGUUAAUCGUCAUACGAGCCAUACUCUACCACUAAAGGCAUCUAGUGUAUUUGCUGAAGUAAAUGGUUUUGCAGCACGGCUCCUAGCAACACUGACUUACUACAACGAUUGUGAAUAUGAUAUCGAAGGACUCUUCGUUUUUCCWCAAGAUGAAAGAACAACGAUUGUAGAAUUCGAGGCAACGAUAGAAGAGCGACACGUUUCGACUGAAAUUCGCGAGAAGAGUUCAAUUGCUACAUCAAAAAGCGCCUAUGCUAUCGAGGAGAGGGAAGACGAGCUGUUUUCCUUGAGUGUAGGUAGAAUUCCUCCACUCGCCUCGGUGUUUGUCCAGGUGGGAUUGAUUACAGAAUUGGUCUCUGAUCAAAAAAGUGGUGGUUCACUGUUCGUUCUACCGUCAGUGUUUACUCCAAGAUUGUACGACGAGAAUGAAAACGAAACUCAAAAUAACUCUUUAUACGGCUCGCAAAUACUGAUAAGUGACUUGCCACGAAAAACACAUGAGCUGUAUAGCUUUGAUCUUCAACUCGAAGUUGUUGCGCCAUGCUUGCUCGCCGGAUGUUCAUCGAGAACACACGCUAUCCAAGUAGACGCAGAYUCCAGAGCUGUAAAUGCUUCUCGUAUUCAUAUAACUAUAGCAGAGCCUCAUACRUACGACAGGGAACUCGAAGUAUUGUUGCAUCUGUCGCAUCCAUUCGAUCCUUAUGUCUUGAUCGAGGAAGGGAAAAAAAUUCUCAUCCCUUCCGAGGAGAAUGAAAGUCGUCCAAGAAAYAUACCUCUUCAUGAAGAGAUGUUAGAAAAUAUCACUGAACAGCCAGCCAUUAUGGUAAACUUUUCUCCACAGCUGAAAGACUGUAAAAAUCCAUGCUCUGAAUUCAUUUUCCUUGUCGAUCGUAGCGGGAGCAUGAGUGGAAAGCAUAUUUUCCAAGUCAGAGAAACACUGCURUUAUUCCUUAAAAGUUUACCUUCAAAUUGUUUCUUUAAUAUUGUGGGUUUUGGGUCAUAUUAUAGAUGUCUUUUUCAAGAAAGCAAGGAAUAUAAUGAUGAAAAUCUGAACAAAGCGAUGAAUUAUGUGCACAAGAUGAGAGCAGACCUCGGCGGAACGAAUUUAAUUCUACCGUUAGAGUUCGUCUUUGAUCAGCCAUGCAAACGAGGGAGACCAAGGAUUAUUUUCCUKUUAACCGAUGGUGGAGUUUCUAACACUUUAGACGUUGUGGAUUUAGUACGAAAACAUUCCCACACAUGCCGGUUUUUCACGUUUGGUAUUGGCCCUGAGGCAUGUCCACAUCUUGUUCAAGGAGUAGCUGGACCAAGCGAAGGAAGGUCAUGGUUCAUCACUGAAGAUGAGAGACUUCCCCCCAAGGUCAUGGAAGCUUUAGAUGGAACACUUAAGCYAGCAAUUACAGAUAUAGAGGUCAGCUGGCAUCUCCCUGAAGGAUAUGACGUCAUCCCGUCUCCYAGCAAAGUUCAUUUCAUUUUYGACGGGGAAAGAGUGGUGCUUUAUGGGAUAUUGUCCCGACCUGCUGACGUCGAAAAAGAAUCCCAAAGGACCCCACAACGGAAGCGCAUGGACACCUUGAUGAGAUCUUUCUCSAACAACUCAGUAAAGGUGUUUUGGUUUGAUGACGACAUGGAAUACCUUCCCGAAGAGCAACUUCUUCUUGAGCUCGACGAGAAAGAAAGCAUGGAAAGCGAGGGAAGUGUAUUUGAAGAUGUCAAUGAGCAUGAAAUACGUACACAGGAAGAGGACAGGGCUGCUGGAAAAGUCGAUCAGGAUUUUCAUGUAUCGGAGGCAAGAAAUUUAAGGAUCAAGACAACAUCAAAAGACGACGACAAACGCGAAAUCGCAGAAAAAGAAAUUCGAAAGCGUGCUAACACAUGGACUGAUGCAACCUAUCUACCGAUUCCUCCYUCGAGCYGCACAUCUGUCGAMAUCGAUGUGGCUCGAGAUAUAGCGUUUGGGAAUUUCUUCAGAUCAUGCGAAAAUUUUGGAAYGGURGAUUGCACAAAAGACGGCAAACCAGUCAGUACGACACCACCGCCACACCUAAAAAGACAUAGGUUUGCUUUAGAAAAAAAAUUGAGUAAGUCCGAUCAGAAUACGAGUACUGYCGGAAAAUCCGAUCUAAAUACGAACACUUCCCGGAAAUUUACGAAGGACGAAAGUUCUUCCCAGCAGACAUCAGAGAGGGAUAGCGGCUUAGGGUUUUCUAUAGAUGACGUAGAGCAUGAUGAAAAUGUUCUUAAACCUGGAACAAAGGCACCACAAAAUUCAACAUCAUCGAGCCCAGAAUUCAGCGUUUUUGAUACUAGUAAGAUCCAUAUCUUUAAAAAUAGUGAGGUACUUGGAACUAUUGGAGUUCCCAAGGAUUUUGCAGCAGUAGGGAUUAAAGGAUAUUUUGGAGAUGAAGAGAUUGAACAGGUGAUUCCAUAUCCCAUAAGCCGUAGUCAAGGCACUACAAAACGACCCACAAUCCACCAGUUACUUGCGCGCUCGAUUAUCCGGGACUUCACGAUAUCGGAGGACAUGACCGAAGARAGCCUGCGCAGAAUAUGUAUGAUCGCAAAGCAAAGUAAGAUACACUGCAGGCUCACAGCGUUUACAAGCGUUGACCAAUAUUGCUAUGAAGAUGAGAUUCUAAGUGCUCUUCAGCUUGCAAGCAAAGAGGAUCCCAUUGCAGAAAAUCAGAGGAAAGUCUUAACUUUGGACCGUAAGGGUGGCUUUACGACCGGUUUGGGUCGACGCCUGCCCACCCCYGAAGGAAGCGACCAGGAAUCGAUWGAAGAGUUCACAGAACACUCGACAAGGGAUGGGGAAGAGCCAACCGAUCUUUAUCGACUAGAUCGCUCWCCAACUAUUGAUAGCUCUGCUGAUAGCAGUCCUGCGAAGAGUGGAGCCAAUUCACCGCGUCAUAAGACCAAUUAUGCUGGUCGUCAAGUGCCUCCUCUAUCGACUCGCUACGUUGUUGGGGAAAAACGCAGCCAAACGCCAAACCUUGUUAGCGUACCGUAUUCAAGACGACUGUCUCCUGUUCUCAUAACUCCACCAAAGGAAUACAUGCCGUACGUSUACUUGGCCAAGCUCCAAUCAAAGAGCGGAUACUGGGAAUUGAAUGAGAAUUUUGCUGAAUGUAUCGGGCUUCCUUUGUAUAACCUACAGCAAGCKUCUCCRUUAGCUGAUAGUUCCSUGUGUGAAUCUUUCUCCGAAGAGCUUGAUGAGAUUAUGGAGCGUUAUAGGUGUGAAUAUGGAACCCAGUUAUGGGCCACCGCUUUGGCUCUUGCAUGGCUUUGCCGACAGCACAGUGAAUAUCAAAACGAAUGGUUUCUAAUUGCAAGAAAAGCCGACAGUUGGCUGAGGAAAUCCAAAUACCCAUGUGGCUUCACGAGCGCCGACCUGAAGAAACUYGCCUAUCAAGCACUAGUGCUCAUGCGCAAGAGCCCGAACUGCAAUUCCCCUCUGGAYAAAACGACCGAUGUGGCUGUGCAGACUGUCAUGACCGGUCAGCGGUGGCCUUGUUUGGUCCUCUAGAAAUCAUCAACCGAUUUGCAUAUGAUUUUCUCGGCUUGGGCUCUUUUUUCCCAUUUGUCGUCAUGAUUGAUUUUUUUUUCUAUUAUGAUUAAGUCACGUGACUCUUGAUGGCUUUCUUUGAGGAGGGGUGGGGUUAUAUCUAUUAGUAUUAUUGAGCACAUUAAUCCAUAUACUAUAAAAAACCCUGAUCACAACUGGGCCAACAUCGCCGUCAAGCCUUGAAAGUUUUAUGCUGUCAGAAGCUUUACUUUCUCUUCAGUUAUUCAUUCAGUGCAUAGUUAACUAUGUUCAAUGGAUUCAGGGAAAAGUUUUGUUGGAGGGGAGGGGGGGUAGGGAGAAUUUGGUUUAGGACAUCAAUAUGCUAUUUUAUAAACUAAAUUAAUGCACAAAACUAACUGAACACAAGGCUCAGUGCAAAUACAAGAAUCAUCCGAUUGUUUCCUCGUGCUUCAUCUUCAUUCUCUUGUUAUUCAACCAAUAGUUAAGUGACCACACGAUUUAGUGCGCAUACAGCUUAGUAUACAACCGCUGGAUACGAUGUAACGUAAACAUACAAGAGAACAAACCUUACGUAAACCCGACGUACGUAGUUCAUGUAACGCAACCAGCCUCGUACGUAUUCUCACGGCUUUACUUUUUUUUAUUGUUAUUAUGUUAUUUUAUAUUUUGUUAAACUUUUCUUUGUGUUGUAUUCUGUUUUAUUACAAUUCCAGUUUCUUUCUUGGUUUGAUUUAUUAUUAACCGCGACAUGUUUCUUUCAGAAGCUAAUCCCCAAACAAAGACGAUUUAUGUCCAUAUAACGCAUGCGCAAGCCUGAUGGAAACACGUGACAGGCUUGUCAAUCCUUACUAUAACACAGGAAUCCCAAGCGACAGAAUACAAGUCCGUAACACGUUAGUUUGUGUUUGAUUUUACAUUUUUAUAUUAAUGUGCAAUGUUUUUGAUAAUGCUUUUUGUAAGUUGCGUUUUUUUUAAUUGUGAGAAACUCUUUCGCCAGACUGAUGUUCAACUUUCUGACUUACAGGGGAGGGGUGUGGUAAAAUAAGUUAUAAAUAUGCAUGUACAGAAAUUAAAGAAACGUUGUCACUUUCAAAAUAUGCUUAUUGAAAUAAUAAUUCUUUCUAUGCGGUUUUAUCCGUUAACACAAAUCCAGAUUCAAGUAUACACAAUACAUGCUCGGCUUGUUUAUCGAAUUAUGGAGAAAAAUCGAAUCCGCAAAGAAAAGAACUUUUUUUAUUGCCUACUAUGCAGCGACGGCAUUUUGUACAACAUUUUGUUAAAGAAACUUCAAACGUGUUCUCAAAAACUUCGCCAUGUUUGAUUUUUAACCAACCAGAAACCAACUCUCAACAAUUAGCGAUUCUAAAAGCAAAGAUUGCAAAGAAUCUCGGAUACGUGUAGGUCUUUUAAGAGAAUAUAUAUUUAACAUGAUUAUGUCGCUGCACAUAGUUGGCCUUUUUUUCUUUAAAGAUUAGGUAAUAAUCRUUCUCUACUGAUAAUGCCUAGUUGGUUUUAGUGGUAUUAUUGUAAAUAUAUUGUAAACAAACUUAUUAUAAAAUACUUGGAUGGUCAUCAAGCGAUAAUAAAUUGAAUUGAAAUGAAAA